UUUCUUUCUAGAAAUGGCAGCUUCUCUAUGGAAGAACUUACUUCAGACGACAAAGGAAAGGGUACUACAACAGAGAAGAGCAUCACUGUAUAUGGGUGCUCAUGGUUAUGAGGAAGAAUUGAUAAAGAAGAAACUUCAGCAGUUUGGUGGUGGAUCCAUCAACCUCUCCAAAGAAGACAAUGGCAUUGGGAUUCUUACUUUGAAUAACCCAAAACUAAUGAACGCCUUUACAGGUACUAUGAUGCUGCAACUCCAGGAGAGGGUAACUGAAUUGGAAAACUGGAAGGAUGGCAAAGGCCUUAUCAUCUAUGGUGCAGGAAACACCUUUUGCUCAGGAUCUGACUUGAAUGCUGUCAAAGCAAUAUCAAACUCCCAG